UCGUGUUGCAGCGAAACCCUAAUCCUCUCCAUUUCCCUAAAAUCUUACCAGAGGUUAAAGUGACGGCGCCGCCCGCUGUCCGCCUUGACCUAGCCGCCGCCGCUGCGUCUUGGCCCUCCAUUUUGUACACUAUACGCUCGUAGGUAGGAACCUUUAAUCUUUGUAGUUGAUAGCAAUGGCGCCAAAGCUUACGAAGGCCGACAAGAAGAUAGCCUACGACCAAAAGCUGUGCCAGCUUCUGGAUGAGUACACGCAGGUUUUGGUGGCGGAGGCGGACAACGUGGGAUCCAACCAACUGCAGAACAUCCGGAAGGGGCUGCGUGGUGACUCUGUGGUUCUAAUGGGUAAAAAUACUAUGAUGAAGAGGACCAUUCGCAUCCACGCCGAGAAAUCGGGAAACCAGGCUAUUCUUAACCUCAUCCCUCUCCUCGUUGGCAAUGUUGGAUUGAUCUUUACCAAGGGCGAUUUAAAAGAAGUUAGUGAGGAGGUUGCCAAGUACAAGGUUGGAGCACCAGCUCGUGUUGGUCUUGUGGCCCCUAUUGAUGUCAUUGUCCCCCCUGGGAACACUGGUCUCGACCCAUCCCAGACCUCUUUCUUUCAGGUGCUCAACAUUCCCACCAAGAUUAACAAGGGAACGGUUGAAAUCAUCACCCCAGUGGAGCUUAUCAAGAAGGGCGACAAAGUGGGUUCCUCCGAAGCUGCACUGCUUUCAAAACUUGGAAUCAGGCCCUUCUCAUACGGUCUCAUUGUUCGGACCGUGUACGAAAAUGGAUCUGUCUUCAGCCCUGAGGUGCUUGACAUGACUGAAGAGGAUCUAAUUGAGAAAUUCGCCUCUGGUGUCGCUAUGGUCACUGCCCUGUCCCUUGCCAUUUCAUACCCGACCCUGGCUGCUGCGCCUCACAUGUUCAUCAACGCCUACAAGAAUGUUUUGGCUGUUGCAGUCGAAACUGACUACUCCUUCCCCCAAGCAGACAAAGUCAAGGAGUACCUUGCAGAUCCUAGCAAAUUUGCAGUUGCAGCUGUUCCUGUUGCAGCUGCUGACUCAGCUGCGCCUGGUGCUGCUGCCCCCAAGGAGGAGGAGAAGAAAGAUGAGCCGGCCGAGGAGUCUGAUGACGAUAUGGGAUUCAGCCUGUUCGAUUAAGGUAUUGUGCUACUUACUGCAGUUGUGUUUUUAUGAACUUUGUCUGGUACUUCAUAGUUUUUUGGGGCCAAUUCAAAUACAUGACAAUGUCUUGUUUUGUGUUCACUUUCAUAUUGCAGACUGCAGAUAGUUGUUUUCUUCUUUUCUGUUCUAAGGUUGUUUUAAUUUAUGAAUUUCAGAUUUUGGCA